CCUGGGCAGGAUGUGCAGGCAAGACAACGCUUCUGGGAAGGACCAGCCCCACCUCUCAGGGGCCAGCCCAACACUGUACAUAAGGUGCUGCCUCUAACCUGGGCUUUCCAUCCCCUGCACUGCAGCAAUGGCCCUAAUUCCGGACAAGCCGACCAUCCCGUACAGCACUGCCAUCCCGGGAGGACUCCGCCCGCACACUUGGGUGAAGAUUCAGGGCUCGGUGCCAGAGACGAGCGCAGGCUUCCGGGUAAAGUUCAUCUACGGUCAGUAUGAAGGGGCCAAUGUGGCCUUGCUCUUCAACCCCCGCUUUGAGGGCUCCCCCCACAUCAUCUUCAACAGCUUGGUGGAGAGAAAGUGGGGCCAGGAGGAGCGGAAGGAAAACAUCCCCCUCCGCAAAGGGAAGAGCUUCAUGCUGAGGUUCACCACCACCGCCAAGGCGUACGAGGUGACCGUGAACGAGCGUCAUCACUAUGAGUUCCGACACCGGCUCCCGCUGGAGCGCGUGCGCUUCCUGGAGGUGGACGGCGACGUGAAGCUGGAGGCUGUCAGCUGGGAAGGGGGCGGCAGUUACUGGAACCACCUCACGCUGGUGCCCAGUUGGGGAGCCUCCCGCGUGUGUUAGAUGGCGCAGCCUUUGGUGCCGGCACACCCCCCCCGCCCCACCCUCAAGAAGGCGGUGUGAUGGUGCCUCCCAUAAGGCUUUAUGGAGAUAUGCUUAUGAAUGUAUAUAUGACAUAAUUAUGCCAUGUAACAUAUCUCUGUAAAGGUUAUGAUCUACUGAAUCUAUUAAUCCUAUUUGUAUGCAUGUUU